AUGACUCAACUGGAUGGCGGUAAUGGUCUCAGCCAGUCUCUGAAUUUAACCUCAACUGGCAGUACUCCCGGGGGGUCAAUAUCUGGCUCACCUCAUCACAACAGAUCCAAUCUUAGCAGUAGUAGACAACAACACCAGCAGAUGAUGUCCAAUAGUGGAAGUUUCCCUAAGUCAGCAACUAUUACAUCACAGGAUUUCUUCAUGGACAAUCUCAGUAGCAAUAGUCUAGAGUGCAGUAGCAACAAUAGCCCCACCCUUCAAUCAAGCCACGCCCCUAAUCAGAAGUGUUCAUCAAAGCAGACGACUAGUACUCAAUCAAACAACUCAAACUCACCUUUACUGCUAUCCCAGUUCAGAACAAUCAGCCAAUCACAGCACAGUAGCUCCAAAGACCAAUCAGUGUCGCCCUCUCAUUUGUCGAAUAGCUACACUAAUCAUGGCACGCCUCUACAAUCAGGAAAUAUAUUCAUGAACAGUAGUUGUAAUAGCAGUAAUACAAAUACAAUCAGUAGUUUAGCGGCCAAUGAAGUUAUUCAGUCGAGGCGGUUUGCGUUCAAAGAGAAGAAAAUGCACAGCGUGAACGGACAUGAGUUCGUCUCGCAUUUCUUCAAGAAUCUAACAUUCUGCAGUUUCUGCUCAGACUUUUUAUGGGGUCUGUUGAGUCAUCAGGGCUACAGGUGUGUGCAGUGUACUCUGGUCGUGCAUAAAAAGUGUCACCUCAAAGUACUCACACAAUGUCCAGGCAGUUUACACAACACGCCCACUGCACAG